AUGAUUUUGAGCCUGCUCUCCGCCUCCUUCGUAGUAUGCGCGGGUGCAGUGGGGCUGGUGUGCCUGGCACUGGGCCUGCACUCGCUCUCGCACUACAUCGAGACGCACGCCGUCCGCGCUCGCGUGCUAGGUCUCCGCGCGCUCGUCUUUACGGCGAUCGUACAGGUGCUUGUUGUCGUAGUCGAUGAUGUGCCGCUAAGCCCGCUGCUGCCGAGCCUAGCUGCGGUCUUGCUGCACUACCGCGCAAUCUCGCGUUCCGAAUGGCCUUUCGCAGCCACGAGCAGCGCCGGCUCGCGAUCGGGAGCACUGGAGGCACUCGUAUCCCUGCUCCUCCUUCCUCUGACGUCGCACGUCUGGCUAAUGCGCAGCCAUGCACUCAGCUUGCACGCGUGGCACAAGCACCGGUACGACACGCUGCACCGGCCCAAGCUGCCUGGUGGAAGGCUGGACUGGGACGUGGACAGCAUCGAGCCGCCUGGCACGCGAGACAUGACGCAGCUGCAGGUGUGUGCGCUGCUCGUCGUGUGCGUCUGGUCGAUUCCAGUGUAUCGGUUGGUGGGCAGGAUUGCCGCUGCCGAAUGGGGCGGGGCCGGCGGCGGCCUGACUGGCGGCGCUCCAGUGCGGCCAUCGAGGUGA